AUGAUCAUCCGGAAACCUUGCGUCGAAGACGGCGCGAAGCUUCGUCAGUUGGUCGCCAACAGCGAAGAGAUAGACGAUAACUCGUGCUACCUCUACUUACUGUUGUGCCAAGAUUUCGCCGACACGUGUGUCGUCGCGGAACUUGAUGGAUCCAUCGUUGGUUUUGUUACGGGAUAUACCCCGCCGACGCGACCAACAUCCUUAUUCGUUUGGCAGGUCGUUGUCGCGCCGGAAGCGAGACGCCAGGGUUUAGCCAAGCGGAUGUUAGAAGCACUGAUUGCUCAAUUCCCCGCAGACAAGCUUGAGUGGGUCGAGGCGACCAUUACGCCUGACAACCAGCCAUCUCGCGGACUCUUUGCUGCCCUGGCACGUUCCUUGCACACAGAAAUAGCAUUCACACCCUAUUUCCUCGCGGAACACUUCGGAAACUUUGCGCACGAUCCGGAAGAGCUAUGCCGGGACCACUUGAUGAUCGACGAACGAGGCAAAGCGUACAUCGACUUUUUCGCUGGUGCUGGCUCGCUGAACUACGGCCACAACAACGAAACCCUCAAGAACGCGCUGAUCGAGUACAUCUCGAACGAUGGCAUCACCCACGCGCUCGACAUGACCACCGUCGCUAAGAAGAAGUUGCUGCAGUCGAUGCAGGACGUCCUCUUCGCUCCUCGCGGUAUGGAAUACAAAGUGAUGUUCCCAGGACCAACGGGAACCAACGCGGUCGAAAGCGCGUUGAAGCUUGCCCGUAAAGUCACCGGCCGUCAGAACGUUAUCUCGUUCACCAACGGUUUCCACGGUAUGACGCUCGGUUCGCUGGCGAUCACCGGGAACA